GUAUUUACAUCAGACUGUUCAGGGUCAGAGUCCAGUGCAUUUCUACUGAGAGAAGAAUAUAAUAAUACUAAAUGCACACAGACCUCUCAUCAAACAGGAUGAAAAAGGUGACAGCAUUCCUCCUGACAGGGGUCCUGGCAAUGGCACAAUGUGCUGACCCUGACUCCAUACCAGUGAAUGUGGCUUUGAGAGGAAAAGCAACUCAGUCAUCCACAUAUAGCUAUAUGAGUCGCGCUGCAAAGGCCAUUGAUGGAAAUCGUGAUGGAGUGUUUAGUCGGGGAUCCUGCACCCACACUGAAGGUGAAACUAACCCCUGGUGGAGACUGGACCUAAUGGAUGUGUACAGAGUGACCUCAGUGACCAUCACUAACAGAGUAGACUUUUCUGAAAGGAUCAACAGAGCUGAGAUCCGCAUCGGGAACUCCCUGAAAAACAACGGCAACGACAACCCGCUGUGCACUGUCAUCUUAACCAUCCCACCAAUGGAAUCCAUGACCUUUAAUUGCAGUGGGAUGGUGGGUCGCUACAUUAAUGUACUUCUCCCGGGAUAUGGCCAAUUCCUGACUCUCUGUGAGGUGGAAGUCUAUGCAACCCCUGCUGCUAAUGAAGACAUUGGACCGACUCCCUCCUUUGAACCAACUGAACCAAAUCCUUUCACAGAGAACGUGGCCUUGGGGAAAAAGGCAAGUCAAUCGUCAACCGCCUUCUUGGGGAAGGCUGAUAAGGCCAUUGAUGGAAAUCGCAACACUUGGUACAGAGAAGGGUCUUGCAGCCGUACGGACAAAGAAGAAGACCCCUGGUGGAGAGUGGACCUGCUGCGUGUCUACAACAUCACCUCUGUCACCAUCACCAACAGAGAGGACUGCUGUGCUGAGAUGAUUGACGGAGCUGAGAUCCGCAUCGGUAAUUCUCUGGAAAACAACGGCAACAGCAAUCCACUGUGUGCUGUGAUUCCCUCUUUCCCACCAUGGGAGACCUUUACCUUUCAGUGUGAUGAGAUGGAAGGACGUUACGUCAACAUCUUCCUCCCAGGCUGCCACAAAUAUCUGAAUCUGUGUGAGGUGGAAGUCAACGCAAGAACCGCUCCUGUUAGCCAAUCAUCCUCCCCACCUGCUAUACAGACAGAAAAUCCACUUUUGGAGCUGAACGAGAGAGAUCCAGUCAAAGAUGGACACAAGAGUUCACAAUGCUCUGAUACAAUGAUAGUUCAUGGACAUGCAGCUUCUGGUAAGAAAGCCACCCAGUCAACACAGUGGGACGACUUAGGUGAUGCAAACAAUGCCAUUGACAGAGACUGGAACUCAAACUACAUGAGUGGAUCCUGCAGCCAUACCAAAGCUGAAACAGACCCCUGGUGGAGAGUGGACCUGUUGAAACCUCACAAUGUUACCUCUGUGGCUGUCACUAACAGAGAGGACUGCUGUUCUGAGAGGAUCAAUGGGGCUGAGAUUCGCAUUGGGAACUCCCUGAAAAAUAACGGAAAUGAUAAUCCAGUGUGUGCUGUGAUUCCAUAUAUCCCAGCUGGGCAAACCAGAACCUAUCAGUGUCAUGGGAUAGAGGGACGUUACAUCAACAUUAUUCUUCCUGGGAGAGAGAAAUACCUAACUCUGUGUGAGGUGGAGAUAUACGGCACUGCAAUUGAUGAUGCCAUCUCCAUCUUGGGAGGAGAGAUGACCCUGAUCAAGGGACUGGGUUCUUACUUGUCAUGGUUCAUGGAUGGGACCUCUGGAGGUUCUCCUGAAGAGAAUGUAGCUUUGAGGGGAAUCGCUGAACAGUCGUCUCAGUUCGAUGGUUUAACUCAUGCUAAGAACGCCAUCGACGGACUUCGCAAUGCAGCAUACUCCUCUGGAUCCUGCACCCAUACCAAACUCCAGACUGACCCCUGGUGGAGGGUAGACCUACGCAGAAAGUACAGAGUGACCUCAGUGAGCAUCACUAAUAGAAAGGACUGCUGUCAUGAAAGGAUCAACGGAGCUGAGAUCCGCAUUGGAAACUCUUUGGAAAACAAUGGCAACAACAACCCAGUGUGUGCUGUGGUGUCCACCAUCCCAGCGGGAGAGUCGGUCACAUUUGAGUGUAAUGGGAUGGAGGGACGCUAUGUCAAUGUCAUCCGCCUGGGCUGCUAUAAGUUCCUCACUCUGUGUGAGCUGGAAGUCAACGCAAGCCCUGUCCCAGUUCUUGAAUCAACUCCUUCCUCUGCCAUCGAGGCUGAAAGUGAUCACAUGGAGGUGGAUCCAGUGACAUAUAAUGGAGGUAGACAGAGGGAAACACAGUGCCCACUUACAGCACCUGAGAAUGCAGCCUCUGGUGGAAAGGCAACCCAGUCCUCUACAGGUUGGGGUGGUCAUGCAGACAGAGCCAUCGACAGAAACCGCAAUCCAGUGUACCACUCUAGAUCCUGCACUCACACUGCAGGUGAAAAUGACCCCUGGUGGAGAGUAGACCUUCUUAAAAAUCACAGAGUCACGUCAGUGACUGUCACUAACAGAGGCGAUUGCUGCCAUGACAGGCUCAAUGGAGCCGAGAUUCGCAUCGGGAACUCUCUGGACAACAACGGCAACGAUAACCCAGUCUGUGCGGUGAUUUCCCACAUUCAAGAAGGGGAUUCUGUCACCUUCCAGUGCAAUGAGAUGGAGGGACGCUACGUCAACGUGUUCCUCCCAGGGAGAGAGAAAUACCUGACUCUGUGUGAAGUGGAGGUGAACGGAAGUGCUGUUCCUGAUGUGUUGGAUUCAGGCUCCUCUCCUGAACUUACGUCACAGUCUCUUUUCUCUGCCCACACAGGUUCUCCUGAAGAGAAUGUAGCUUUGAGGGGAAUCGCUGAACAGUCGUCUCAGUUCGAUGGUUUAACUCAUGCUAAGAACGCCAUCGACGGACUUCGCAAUGCAGCAUACUCCUCUGGAUCCUGCACCCAUACCAAACUCCAGACUGACCCCUGGUGGAGGGUAGACCUACGCAGAAAGUACAGAGUGACCUCAGUGACCAUCACUAACAGAGAGGACUGCUGUCAUGAAAGGAUCAACGGAGCUGAGAUCCGCAUUGGAAACUCUUUGGAAAACAAUGGCAACAACAACCCAGUGUGUGCUGUGGUGUCCACCAUCCCAGCGGGAGAGUCGGUCACAUUUGAGUGUAAUGGGAUGGAGGGACGCUAUGUCAAUGUCAUCCGCCCGGGCUGCUAUAAGUUCCUCACUCUGUGUGAGCUGGAAGUCAACGCAAGCCCUGUCCCAGUUCUUGAAUCAACUCCUUCCUCUGCCAUCGAGGCUGAAAGUGAUCACAUGGAGGUGGAUCCAGUGACAUAUAAUGGAGGUAGACAGAGGGAAACACAGUGCCCACUUACAGCACCUGAGAAUGCAGCCUCUGGUGGAAAGGCAACCCAGUCCUCUACAGGUUGGGGUGGUCAUGCAGACAGAGCCAUCGACAGAAACCGCAAUCCAGUGUACCACUCUAGAUCCUGCACUCACACUGCAGGUGAAAAUGACCCCUGGUGGAGAGUAGACCUUCUUAAAAAUCACAGAGUCACGUCAGUGACCGUCACUAACAGAGGCGAUUGCUGCCAUAACAGGCUCAAUGGAGCUGAGAUUCGCAUCGGGAACUCUCUGGACAACAACGGCAACGAUAACCCAGUCUGUGCGGUGAUUUCCCACAUUCAAGAAGGGGAUUCUGUCACCUUCCAGUGCAAUGAGAUGGAGGGACGCUACGUCAACGUGUUCCUCCCAGGGAGAGAGAAAUACCUGACUCUGUGUGAAGUGGAGGUGAACGGAAGUGCUGUUCCUGAUGAAAUUCUACCCAGUCCCAGCAAUGGCUUCAGAAAACCACGUCGCAGACUGAAAAACGUGGCAUUGAGAGGGAGGGCAACCCAGUCAUCACAGGAUUCAGGUUCUGCUUUCAAUGCCAUUGAUGGUAACCACAACAGUAACUAUCAUGAAGGAUCCUGUACCCACACUGAACUCCAGACUGACCCCUGGUGGAGGGUAGACCUACGCAGAAAGUACAGAGUGACCUCAGUAACCAUCACUAACAGAGGGGACUGCUGUCAUGAAAGGAUCAAUGGAGCUGAGAUCCGCAUUGGAAACUCCAUGGAAAACAAUGGCAACAACAACCCAGUAUGUGCUGUGGUAUCCUCCAUACCAGCAGGACGCAACAUGACUGUUCUGUGCAAAGAAAUGGAGGGACGCUACGUCAGCAUUGUUCUCCCAGGGAGAGAGAAAUACCUGACCCUGUGUGAGGUGGAGGUACACGGUGUUGCAGCGAGAUCUCGCCGGAAAGAACUUGGUCGUCAUCUGAUAGAGAAACUAAAGAGAGGCGGGCUAGAUUUCACUGUCAAAAUGCCGUGGCUACGGCAGCCCAAGAGGUCCAAACAACGCAGCUGAAUGACAUACACGAAACACCAAAUAUUAAAAUAUUAAAACAAAUACCACCAAAAAAAUCCUGCAUCACAAAAAAUGGAACAUAGUCCUGCUUCAGAUACUGAAAAUGAUCAACAAUAAAAUGUAUAUCAAUGAAACACUUUA